GCUCGUCAGCUGCAGGGCGGACUGAGGGGCAGUGUUGGGCUGCUUGUGAACUCAGCGUGGACUUGUAACAGUUUCUCUGGCAGUGGAAGGUUCGCAUCCCGCCCGCCCGCCGGCCGCAGUGAGAGGAGGCAGCCAGCAUUUGCAAACUUUUCAUCUCCCCCACCCUCUCCCAACAGGACCAUGGACAGCCCCUUCUUCGACAACUUAGACGCCGCCGGAUUUCUGCGGAUUUGGCAACGCUUUGACGCUGAUGAUAAUGGAUAUAUUGAAGGCAAAGAACUGGAUGACUUCUUUCUCCACCUUAUGAAGAAACUUGGUACUGAGGGCACUGACCUGAGCGCUACGAAGGUGCAGAAAAUGAAAGAGAGAUUUAUGUCUGCGUACGAUGUGACUGCUGAUGGGAAGCUGCAGAUCCAGGAGCUGGCCAACAUGAUUCUCCCGGAAGAUGAAAACUUCCUCCUGUUAUUCCGGCGUGAGACUCCACUGGACAACAGCGUGGACUUCAUGCGGAUCUGGCGUAAAUACGACGCUGACAGCAGUGGAUACAUUUCUGCCUCUGAACUUCGAAAUUUCCUGAGAGACUUGUUUCUUCGACACAAGAAAACUAUUCCAGACAACAAACUGGAUGAGUACACAGACACAAUGAUGAAAAUCUUUGAUAAAAACAAAGAUGGCCGCCUGGACCUUAAUGACCUGGCAAGGAUUCUAUCGAUGGAUGAAAAUUUCCUUCUGCAGUUCAAAAUGGAUGCUUGCAGCCUGGAGGAACGAAGAAGUGACUUUGAGACGAUUUUCUCUCACUAUGACGUGAGUAAAACAGGAGCCCUGGAAGGUCCUGAGGUGGACGGGUUUGUUAAAGAUAUGAUGGAAUUGGUGAAGUCAACUAUUACCGGAGUUGACCUGGACAAGUUCCGUGAGAUUCUGCUGCACCACUGCGAUGUGAACCAGGAUGGAAAGAUUCAGAAGACUGAGCUGGCUCUCUGCCUGGGACUGAAAAUGAACCAAUGAAGCCGGCCACGCGGCCAGCUGUUCCACACUGUUUUAACCGCACGUCCUAAUCUAACCUUGAUAACAUUUGCCGACAAUCCCCAGCUCUGUGCCUCACCGCGGUGCUCCAUGUUUGUGCCGGAGAGGGGAAGUGAAACUCAUCUCCCCCCCAAUCAAUCGAUCAAUCGAUUCAGCACUUGUUAUUGAAAAGUUCGAAUGCUUUUGAAUAUGCAUGCCUAGAUGCAAUGUGUUCAUUAGGUCUUAUAGGAGCAGAAUUAGGCCAUUUGGUCCAUCAAGCCCGCUCCGCCAUGGCUGAUCCAACUACCUUUUCCUUCUUAACCCCAUUCUCACUUAUUUUUUAUUGUCAUUGAUAAAACGAUGCAGACACUAUAAAUGG